AUGGAGGUUAGCCAUCGUGAACAUACCAACCAUAUUGGAUCCCAGGUUAACCCUUUGUUCCGCGGGUCCGUAUUUCAUAAGAAUGAUGCCGCAGAUCUACGAGUCCCUUGGGAUGGGAAACGUCGUAAAUCUGGUGCUUCGAUCAAUUCUAAGACUCAGAUGGGGGAUUUGACCGAAUUCAAUCCGUCUCAUCAUGCCAGUAAUAAAAACAUUUACCAUGACGAUAUUACGUGUGGUUCUUUAAGGUUUAGUGAUGCGUUAUUAGAUGGCUCGUUCAAAUGUCAGGAUGAGCAUUCUAGCAAUAGAUCUGGACAUAUGGCUAGUAGUAAACCGGGGAGCGGUAACAGUAGUCUGGGUCUUCUAAAAAAUCAAUCAUACUCUAACAUAUCAAUUUCCUCCACUCAAUCAUUUAAGAAAACGCACACGAAACUGUUAAAUUUCUCUCAGUUGAAGCCCGACCUCACAACAGCAUCGUCUUUUGAAUCACAACCUUCUAAGGGCAACUCUUUGGCAAGACAGUUUCUUGAGACCGCUUCAAAGGCAAAAUGCAACAGAGAGAUAAUACCGACCUUAUUUUAUUCCCCAUCUGCCAACAGCUGCGGUGAUACUUCUGGAGCGCUUGAUUAUUUGUCAUCAGGGUUUACUGACAAACUUUUCCCCAUAUUUAACUCUAAGGAAACUGAUCCAAAGGACAUGAAGAUAGACGUAGAUUGUAAAGAUAUACCAGAGUAUUUUGCAAUGGAUUACAUCAAACAUAUACACAGAGAUUUGACGGCAUUGGAAUUUCGUCUAAAACAUUUCCUUAUGAAAGUUAUCUUACCGCAAGAGAUGGAUUUUACUCAGAACAUCAACCAUGUAUCCAACCUUUCUAAAUCAGUUACACAACUCCACAUGGACAUUGAAAAAAUUAAACAUGAUACCAAAGAUAUAUAUUUGGAAAAAUUGGCAGCCGCGUUCAACGGGUCUGAUUCAGAAUCUUUCGUCAGUAAACUUACCACACUAAUGGACUCGCAUGUUUCUCGAUUACAGGCACUAGAAGGGAAAACUGUUGAUUUCCAGAACGAAUUGGAAGCUAAAAAGCUGCAACUUCGUAAGUUAGAGAAUCUGAUCAAGUUAAAUGACAUGAUCGGCGACUUCAAAAGGAACAUGAAAUUAUCUGAAAAGUUGAAAGAAUAUUAUGGUACAUUUGGUGAUGUGACUGUGUUAGCCCUAUCGAUAUCGUUAAUAAUGUAUUUAUUUAGGCGCUGGUUCGCCUCAGAAUAA